AUGGCAAGCGACGAUACUAUGGAUCUGGCCAGCAUGUGGAAUACCCUUGCCUCAGCUAUGCGCGAGAUUCACACCAAGAACGCCUCAAAGCUCUCUUUUGAGGAACUGUAUCGGAAUGCAUAUAAAGCUGUGUUAAAAAAGCAGGGGCAUGACCUCUACAAUAAAGUCAUCGAGUUCGAACAGCAAUUGUUACGAGACGAGUUACGCACUAGGAUUACAGAGUUAAUUACGCCAUUGCUUCUACCUGGAGCUGAAAUGACAAAUGUUGCGGACCAAGUAAAUGAGUGUCGUGUUGCUAGCGAGCGAUUCCUUUCCAAAUUAAGGGAAGUUUGGGAGGAUUAUCAACUUUGCAUGGCAAUGAUCACAGAUGUUCUGAUGUACAUGGUAUGGCUUCAUUCUAUGUUUUACACGUGCAUAAUAUUGAUUCGAAGGUUCAAGGAUAAAUCUAUCAUGACAGAGCAGCGAAAGCCGUCUAUUUAUAUCGCCUGUAUGUGUUUGUUUCGAGAUGUCGUACUGAGACUCUCUUUAGAAGUGGAUAACGAAGAGAGUGUUGCUUCCAUUCUUCUAUCAACCAUCCUUUUUCUUAUUCGUCUUGAGCGGGACGGCAUAAUAAUCGAUAGACAUCUCAUUCGUCAUUGCAUAUAUAUGCUAGAGGGGCUCUAUGAAACCGAGAAAGAAGAAGAGUCAAGCAAACUUUAUUUCACAUCUUUUGAGCCGGCUUUUCUGAAUGCCAGUCAGAAUUUCUACUUGGCCGAAGGUGAAACGCUGCUAUCUACCGUGGAUGCGCCGUCCUUUUGCAAAAGAGUUGCGAGUCGGAUCCGAGAAGAACAAGAGCGAUGCCAUCAUACUCUGUCAUCAGCUACCACCCCUAAAAUCUUGGAAGUCAUUGAUGAAGCUCUAAUUAAACAAAAUAUUGCAGAAGUUAUUAAAAUGGAAGGCAGUGGCGUCAAAGAGAUGUUAGAUAAUGAUCGGUUUGAGGACCUUGCUACUGUCUAUGAACUUAUCUCUCGAAUUGACCCUCAAAAAAAGCCCCUUACACAGGCAACCCAAGCAAGGAUUAUUGAACUUGGAAACCAGAUCAAUGCUGUCGCUAAAGAGCAUUCACAAGUCACACAGUCAAGAACGACUCAUCAGAAUAAUGAAGCGCAGAAAGAGACCAAACGUCCGCAAGAACAGAAGCCCUCUGCAUCGCUGCAAACCUCUGCGGCUAUCGAUUGGGUAGACAGUGUUUUGCGGUUAAAGAGGCGGUUUGAUCAUGUCUGGGAGGUUGCAUUCAUGAAAGACCAAGGAAUGCAAGCCUCUCUGACCAUGAGCUUUUCAGACUUCAUCAACGUAAAUCUUCGGAGUGCGGAAUAUCUUUCGCUUUUCUUUGAUGAAAAUCUUAAAAAGGGAAUCAAGGGUAAAUCAGAAGAAGAAGUAGAUAGCCUUCUUGAUAACGGCAUAACCCUGCUCCGGUAUAUCCGGGACAAGGACCUUUUUGAAACCUACUAUAAGAAACACCUUUCACGUCGCUUACUCAUGAAGCGUUCCGCUAGCAUGGAUGCUGAAAGACAAAUGAUAUCAAAAAUGAAAAUGGAAGUUGGAAGCACAUUCACUCAAAAACUCGAAUCAAUGUUUAAGGAUAUGGCGAUAUCUGAAGAUCUGACGGCCAGUUAUAAAGGAUAUAUUGCCCAACGUGACGAUUCUAGCCUUAAGCAGAUUGAUCUUGAAAUGAGUGUUCUCACUAGCACGAUGUGGCCUAUGGAAAUCAUGGGGAGAGACAGUACAUUGCAAAUGCAAUGUAUAUAUCCCAAAGCCUUGGACCGCCUCAAACAGAGCUUCGAAACAUUUUACCUGGGAAAACAUAGUGGUCGUAAACUUUCAUGGCAGCCAGGAAUGGGUAGUGCUGAUGUUCGGUCCACAUAUGCCAGAGCCAAUGGCAAAGUUGAACGCCAUGAUUUAAACGUCUCCACAUAUGCAAUGAUUAUUCUUCUCCUUUUCAAUGACAUCCCAGCGACUGAAUCUCUGACAUUCGAAGACAUUCAGACUCGCACAAACAUUCCUAUUAACGACCUUAUACGAAACUUGCAGUCACUAGCUGUUGCUCCGAAGACUCGCAUCCUUAGGAAAGACCCGAUGAGUAAAGAUGUUAAACCAACAGAUCGCUUUUUUUUCAAUGAACAAUUCCAGAGCAAAUACACCAAAAUAAAGAUUGGUGUUGUAAGCGGCGGUGGCAACAAAGUUGAGAACAAAGAGGAAAGGACCGAUACUGAGAAGAAGAUGAAUGACGAACGAGGGGGGGCCAUCGAAGCAGCUAUUGUUCGGGUGAUGAAGCAACGAAAACAGCUGGCACAUUCUCAGCUGAUGACUGAGGUCAUCACUCAACUUGCAUCUCGAUUUGUUCCUGACGUAAACAUGGUCAAAAAACGAAUCGAAAGCUUGAUAGAUCGCGAGUACUUGGAGCGACUUUCGGACAUUGAGCCACCCUCGUACGCUUAUAUUGCAUAG